AUGGCUAAAGGGACUAAGAAUAAUAGAAGAACCAAAGCUAAAUCAAAUAGAAGAGCUCAAAACGCUUUUGAAAUUGCUCAAAGAGAAGAACUUUCUAAAAAUGAUGAUUCAGAUAGUUCAGAUGAUGGUGCUAUAGUGGAUCCAAGAAAGAAAUUUAGAGACCAAGAAAAUGAUGGUUCAGAUGAAGAGUUUGAAGAUGAAGAAAUUGAUUCAGAUGAGGCCCUUGGUUCAGAUGAUGACUUUGAUGUUCUUAACUCAAAAUUUUCUCAAACUAUAAGAGAUAAACAAAAAAAAUUAAAGAAAGGUGAAGUAGACGAUGAUGAAGAGGAUGAUGAUGAAGAAGAUGGAUACCAUAGUGUCGAUGAAAGUGAAUUUUUACCAUUAUCAGCCGUCUGGGAUCUUGAUGAUAAAGACAUUGCGAAAAAUAAGAAUACAAAAGAUAUAGUGCUUGAUGAUCAAUGGGAAAGUGAAUCAGAAGAAGUCUCAGAUGACGAUGAAGAAUCCGAAUCAGAUGAUGAUGAUGAAGAUGAUGAAGAAUUUCCAUUCGAAGAUGUAAAUGACCAAGAAGAUGGAAGUGAUGUUGAAUUGACAAAUUUGAAAAAACAACUUACUAAAAAGGAAAAGAAAGAAAGAAAGCAUUAUCAAGAUUUUCAAAUUGAAGAAAAUGAAUUAGCUUUACCAGGAGGUGGUCAAGAAAUUUCUUUAGCAGAUAUGCUUUCAGUUGUGGAUCAAGAUUCAUCUAAAAAUGCAAUGCUUAUAGAUAAAGAUAAUGAAGAAAGUGCAAAAUCAUUAGCUAUUCCUUUACCUAAAAGAAUUCAAGAUAGACAUGAACGUAAGGCUGCUUAUGAAAUAUCUAAAGAUGAAGUUGAUAAAUGGAGAGAAACUGUUAAACAAAAUAGAGAAGCAGAAGUUUUAUCUUUCCCAAUGAAUAAACCAACUGAACAUAAUGCUGCAUCAACUUUCCAAGAAACUCCUGCACUAACAGAUUUGGAACAAAAAGUCAAUGGUGUUUUGAAUGCAUCUUCAUUAUUAGAUGAUAAAAAAGAAUCAACUUUCGAAGAAAUUGCUACUGCCAAAAUGUCUGUUGAAGAAAUGCGUAAAAGACAAAAUGAGUUAAGGAAAAUGAGAGAAUUGAUGUUUAGAAAUGAAAGAGAAGCUAAAAGAAUUAAAAAAAUUAAAUCUAAAUCAUAUCGUCGUAUAAAGAAGAAGGAAUUAUUGAAAAAUCAAGCUUUAGUCGAAGGUGAUGAAAGUGAUGAUGAAGAUCAUGAUUCUAAACGUGCACAAGAAAGAAUGUCAUUAAAACAUAAAAACAAUUCAAAUUGGUCAAAAUCCAUGAUCAAAUCAGGGUUAUCAAAAGAUAAAGAAGCAAGAGAUGAAAUGGAAGAUAUGUUGAGACGUGGUGAAGCUUUAAAAUCUAAAAUUUUAGAUCGUGAUGAAAGUGAUGAUGAAUUUGGUGAUAGUAACGAUUUAAAUCUUGAUAAAGAUGUUGAAUAUGAAUCUGAAAGUGAAACUAGAGAAAACUUGGGUAAAACUGGUGUUUUAAAUAUGGCUUUCAUGAAAAAUGCUGAAGCUCGUGAACGUACAAGAAAUGAAGAAACUAAAAGAAAUUUAAGAGCUUUAGAGGAAAAUGAAGAUAUAAAUGCAUUUAAUGAAGCUGAAUCUAAUAGUGGAGUUAAUAAACAUAUUAAUUCAGGUAGAAGAAUAUAUACACCAGGAGCAUCCAAAUCCAAUGCUGAUAUGAAGGAAGUAAAUGAAAAUGUAUUGGAAGAACAUGAAAUUGAUGAAUCAAAGAGUUUAACAAAUAAAUUAAAUAAAAAGGAACAACAAAGAGAAUCAUUAAUUGAAAAAAACAAGAAGAAAACUGAGGAUGAAGCCAAUAAAGAAGUUGAUGAAGAUGAAUCUAAUCCUUGGUUAACAAGCAAUGAUUCAAAUGUUCAAAAAUCAAGAAAAAUACGAGUUACUGAUAAAGAUAGUUCUAAAUUAGAAAAAAAUGCAUCUAAAUUAAAUAAACAAAGAAAGAGAAAAGCAAAUGAAAUUGAAGAACCUGAACAAAUAAUAGAUAUGAAUCAAACAUUAAAAGUUGUUGAUCCACAUGGUGAAGAUUCAGAUCAUUCAGAUAAUGAUGAUGAUUCAAAUAUUCAUAUGUUUAAACAACAAGAUUUAAUCAAACAAGCUUUUGCAGGUGAUGAUGUUGUUCAAGAAUUUGAAGCUGAAAAGAAACAAGUUAUGAAAGAUGAAGGUGAUCAAAUUGAAGAUUUAACAUUACCAGGUUGGGGUGAUUGGGCUGGUGGUAAAACUAAGAAUAAAAAACAAAAAAAGAAUAAAAUUGUUAAGAAAACUAAAGGUAUUGAUCUUGAUAAGAGAAAGGAUAAGAAUUUAAAAAAUGUUAUAAUUAAUGAAAAAGUGAAUAAAAAGAAUGCUAAAUAUCAAUCAUCAGCAGUUCCAUUCCCAUUUGAAAAUAGAGAACAAUAUGAAAGAAGUUUAAGAAUGCCAAUUGGUCAAGAAUGGACUUCAAGAGAGACUCAUCAAAGAUUAACAAUGCCAAAAGUUACAAUCAAAUCAGGUCAUGUUAUUGAUCCAUUAAAAGCACCAUUUAAAUAA